AGUUAAUGUAUAACUUGGAUAUCGGGAAGGAAUAAAUGAAAUGGGAUAUAAAUAAGGGUCCCAAUCUGCAGGAGGUACAUUCUUCCAAAGCUUCCCUGUAGACCCACCAUCAAGCUCUCCACCAUGACUGAGAAAUUUGAAAUUCUGAAUCUGGAGCUGAAACCUGGCGAAAGUUUGAAGUUAAAGGGCCAGCUCCCAGGUGAUGCUAAGAACUUCUCCUUCAACCUGGGCCGCAGUUCCAAUGAUGUAGGGCUUCAUUUUAACCCUCGCCUUAAUGAAAAGGCAAUUGUGUGCAACUCCAAGCGCAGCAACAGCUGGGAAUCAGAACAGAGGAGUGGGCACAUGUGCUUUACACCGGGCACAGAUGCCAAGAUCUCAAUCAAGUUCGCUGGGGACAAGUUUGAAGUGAAACUUCCUGACGGUCAUGAGAUCUCUUUUCCCAAUCGCCACGGCUAUGAUAAAAUUACAUACUUGUCCGUAAAAGGUGACUUCAAGGUCACAUCUUUCAAAUAUGAGUGAAAGUCACUUUCUGACAGCCACAAUAAAUAUUAUUUUAAUAAAAAAA